AUGUUCUGCGCGGUUAUAGCCGCAGAUCUCCUUUUGUUUCGAGUCUCGAAAAUGAGCACCGAUCUGCAGCAUUAUUAUUUGGAGCUAUCGCCAGAGCCGAUCCGAUUCGACGGCACAGGACUGCUGACAAAUGUGUUCUUCGAUGAUGCGAAACAACAGGUAAUUGCAGUGCGAUCCGGCGGAGCCACGGGUAUCGUUGUAAAAGGUGCAAGAGAUGGCGAGAAUUUUGUGUUUUGCAUGGAUCUUCAUUCGACCGAUACACCCGACGCGCAGAUUCGGUCGAUUAAGUUUUCCAUCGACAAUCAAGUCUUGGCUGUGCAGCGCAGCGAAACAUCGGUGGAAUUUAUUAGAUUUCUUCCGAACCUGCGUCCCAACCUGCAGGAUAUGCUCGUGUACAAGGGCAAGAGCACAAUCAAUGGCUUUGUGUGGACUCAAGAGCGACAAGUCGCUCUUUUCACAAGCGUUGGUGUAGAAAUUUUGUUGGUGAACUUCGACAAGCCAUCACUGAAAUCUAUUAAAUCGCUCAACAUCACCAUGAAUUGGUUCAGUUACUGUCCAAUUUCAAAAUUUGCACUACUCUCGUCGAAUUUGGGAACAAUCCUCACUCCAGUUAUCUUGAAGCCAGCAAACAUAACUAAACUGCCGAGAUUGGAGUUGGGAAUUGAUCAAGGUUGCAUGGGCAAAGACGUAACACUUGCGCAGCUUUACGGAACUAACGCAAUCUUGAUUCUGCGGCAACCUCCGAAUCGUCCAUUUGAAGUAGUAAUAUAUCUCCUGAACGGCCCCGGACUGGCACCGAAAAAGGCACACAUUCUGAAACUAGGCCAAAGUGGACGAUUCGCUAUGAACGUUGUCGAUGAUGUCGUGAUCGUACAUCAUCAGGCCACGGCGACUUCGAUGCUGUUCGAUAUCGCUCUCAGUAGCAGUGAAACGGAACAUGCCUCGGGAGCCACCAUUCACUCUCCCAUCAUUCCGGCGAAACCCAUUCGCCCAUUCCAGCUGGAAGUGCCGAGCAUAUCGCUCGAUGGAAAAACAAUGAACUGUGAAUUGUAUACAAAAGAUUGGGUGCUUUUUCAACCAAAUAUUGUGAUCGAUUCAAAGCUUGGGUGUUUAUGGUUCGUACAGUUGAAGCUAAAUGCGCUCUGUGCUCUCAUAACGGACCGUUUGCGGCUGGUGGAGUUUCUUCUGCAAAGAACCGACGGCAAGACGGCGAUACUAUCCGUUUUAAAAGAUAUGAUGAGCAGCACAUACAGCGGUACCAUGCUGCCCGUAAUCGAAGGCAUCUUCAAUAAGCUAAACAGCCUCUACAAAAGUGUCCUGGACAGUGAAUUGCAAAGCCAAAUGGCACUUAUGUCGUUAGCCAAGUCAUCGGUAAAACCUCCGGCCACGCCACGUGUUCUGAUUAAUCAGGCCGAUAUGUACACGAUCGUAUUUUCCACGAUCACAGGACCGCAGAUGGGCAAGAUUUUGCUCCUGUAUCUGAACUCGCUCGCACGUCACGGUAUCAAUGCUAACCAUGAACUAAGCAAAGCGCUCCUAAUUGAUUUGGUGCUUCGUAAGCAGUUUGAUACUCUGCAGUUCUUGUUAAAAUAUUCAACUCUGAAUGAGUCGAAGGCGUUGGCUUGCUUUCUGCUAUCUCUGUCCAAUGUGGCUGACCCUGUCAUAUCUCAGCUCGCGCUCGAUAUGUUGGCCCGUUUGAACGCGAAUGAAAUCAUACUGGAAGUGUUGCUGGAACGGGGACAGGUUAUCGAUGCGCUGCGGCUGGCUAAACAAAUGCCCGGGGCCGAUUCGUUGCCGGCAAGGAAGUAUCUUGAAGCUGCGAGUAAAACCAACGAUCCAUUGAUAUUCCAUUCCGUGUACAAUUUUUUCCAAAUGAAGAAUGUUCGGCUUCGUGGGUCUCCUGACUUUUUGAAACAUGAACAAUGUGGCGAAUACGUGCAAUAUUAUCAAAAUUUAAUUACGAAUAAAUGCCUAUAAAAGAACACAUGUUACGAUAGCAAAAUUAAAGUGACGAAUACAAAU